AUGGAAAAUUCGUGGCAGCCGUAUUUGAAGUCGGCCGACGAUGUCUGGUCGCAGAAAACUGACCGCGCCGAGAGAAGACGAGCUCAGAACAGGCUGGCUCAACGCGCUCAACGAGCAAGGAAAGUCCACAAGCAGGCAGUCCAGCAGUGCCGGCAGCACAGUCAAGAAAGUAGUUCCUCGGCAAGUGCGAAUACCAACGGUCAGCAAAUGGACAUCGUUAAGACACAUGCCAAAGACAAUAAGUCUACAAAUCAAAAAAUACCCAGUCCUGCUACAGACGCUCACUUUCUCAUUCUCCCGGCUUUUCGGACCUAUGAAGCCUUUGAUUGCAUCUACUCCAUUCUCAAGCUAGAAUGCUCCUACACUGUCGCCAUUCAUGUUCCACAGUCAAUCCAGGCACCCAACCCCCUAAAACCGAUAUGGGAACAGCUAAAUAUUCCGCACAUGAUGUUCAUUGAUCUGCUUCCCUGGCCCUCGCUGCGCCGCAACCUGAUCUUGGCUAAUGGCAUCAUGGAUGAUCACGGGUUCAUGACCGAUAUGAAUUCGGACAAGCUCCGGGUCUGGGGAACGACACCCUGGGAUCCGAUGGGAUGGGAAGUUAGCGAGGAGUUUUUGAACAAAUGGUGGUUUCUUUUAGAUGAAAAUAUUCUGCGUGUGACCAACUUUUGGAGGAGACAAAGAAAGGAGAGUGAAUUGACUUUUCCGGAGCAUUCGUUGACUGGGCAAAAAAUGAGGGUUUCUUGA